AACACUGCGUGCUUGCAGAUUUCUGCAGCUUUUUUGUCUUGAACUGUAUUCGUUUUAGACGAUUAACGUUGCUAAGUAUUACUGGUGGUUUUCUAUCUGGUAACUGGUAAACUGUGGUUUACGGGCGGGAGUUAAAGCGCCGUUUUUAAAUAUAGAGAAGUGACAGCGAAAACAACACAGAUUACGUUGUCUGUGGUUUACGCUAUUGGAAUCUUUAAGCGGACCGCUCCCUAGGGGCGCGAUGAACCACCCCGCCAUGUCACAGUCUACCCCCCUGUUCCCGAACCUCGGUGCCUUGGCUGGCACACCAGCUGCUCUGCCAGCCUCCGACAUGGAGCUACAGAAGAUGCUUAUUGACGAGCGGAUGCGAUGCGAGCACCAUAAGACCAACUACCAGACCCUGAAGGCCGAGCACACCAGGCUGGAGCUGGAGAACCGCAUUUCCGAGCUGGAGCAGCAGAGGGCGCUGCAGGAGGCGGCGGGGAGCUCCCAGAAGGAGGAGUGGGAGGAGCGCCUCCGAGCCGCACAGCUGGGGGAGGAGACCGCCCGCAGGGAGGCGCACAGCCUGAGGGUCGAAGUUCAGCAGCAGGGGCUGCAGCAGGAUGAGCUGACGCGAGAGAAACAGGAGAAUGAAGAACUCAGACUGAGAAACCAGGAGAUGAGCGUGCAGCUGGGCACGCUGGGCCGCUCGGAGGCGGAGCUGCUGGAGGCCAAUCACAGGCUGCGCGAGAUGCUGGACCGACUGAAGGAGGAGCUGAGGACCGCUCGCAGCCAGGCCGAGAAGGCCCAGCACGAAGCAGAGAGGGCGCUGGAGGAACAGCGUGUGGAGUGGCUGGAGGAGAAGCACAAGCUGCAGGAGAGGGACACUGAGCUGCAGGAGAAGUACAGCCAGGCCAAGGAGCGGCUGCAAAGAGCUGCGCUGGCGCAGAAGAAUAAGCCCUCUGAUGACUUGUUCUCGCCAGAGAAGAGUGAACUCGGGAGUCAGACCGCUGCUUCUGCGACAGGCGUGUGCUCUGACUCCUGGAGAAUAACGCAACGGACGAUGCAACCGUUUUCACCCCGACGGCGUGGGCAGUUACCAUCGCGUGAAACGCGCGACGAUGUUUAUUCUACAAAUGGACAGGAAUGGUCUGGGUGAACAUGAGGUCGGUCCUUCUGAAUCACAAAACGAAAGCCUACCGCGUUGAAGUUCUGCUGCAAGUACUUGUAGAUUUCUUGCAGUGCGGCCGUUUCGUUGAAUUCAUUUUCGUGUUUCUGAAAAAAGCAAAGCAAACGGUUAGCAGGAAAAAAGCUCUCACCACCUACAGUAUCUCUUACUGUCCCGUUAUCUUGAUGUCAAAUUCAUGUUCACGCUGCCAACCAGACCUGGGUCAAAUACGUAUUUGUUUUGGAUUCAAAUUCUUUUCUGUGCUCUAUUGAUCUUGCCUGGUGUAACUGAACCUGCCAACAUGACCAGGGUUUACACUUUUUCUGGUGUAUUUAAUUGGUUCCAAUACACCAGACAAGAUCAGUAAAGCAUAGAAAAGUAUUUGAAUCCAAAACAAAUGCGCAUUUGACCCAGGUCUGCUCCCAAC